GCUCAUACCGCAGCAGACUCAGUAUUGGAACGCAACCCAGGUUGACGCUAAACCGGCCGACUAACGUGUUGUAUCUGGUAGUGCAAAGGGCCCUCCGAGUGAUCUCUGAGUGAGUGUGCGAGUAUCGAAGUGCAGAUUGUUCGUGGUUCCAUUUCCGGCCUGCUGCCAGAGUGGUUCUUGUGUGCUACGACCGUCACCGAAACGAACGGACCCUUUUGUCUCAUCAGCGCGUCGGAAAACUCCUUCCCCGUAGCAGAACGUCCCCGGCCUGCAAAAAGUGCACCGAAUCCUGCCCUGAAAGCAACUCAGCGCGCCAUCCAACUACCUUACCGACCAACCAACGACGACGACAACACCGAUGGCUGCUCCUGCAACACCUUCGCGACAGAUCCUCUUCGUGCUGGCGCUAUUGUUUGUCGUGAAGCUGGGCUCCGGUCGACCGCAAAAUGCAAUCGAUAAUCAGGACCUGCCCGAGAUAAAUCCGAACGAGCUGCGAAAACUCUACACAAACUACAACUCGUACGUAUCGAAUCAGCUGGACAACUAUGGGCUGGAUCCGUUACAGCUGCAACUGCUGGCUCAAUACGCCCAGAGCAACGCUAUCAGCGGCGGUGGUGGCGGCUGGGAUCAGCUGUACCGGGCGCCGGAAAUGAAACGCCAAAUUCGGUACCGUCAGUGCUACUUCAAUCCCAUCUCCUGCUUCAAGAAGUAAGCACCCCCGCCACCCAUUCUCAGUCACCGCGUCUACCAUGUCACUCUAGCGAACCAUGUCCCCCGAGGGAAGCCGGACGGCGGUGGAGAGAGUGUGCGAGUUCUAGCCGCGUUUCCAGCUCCAGUUCCUGUUUCAAAACCUCCCUGUUCCCGGUAGUUGUGUAAGCUCCUGUUCGGCCUUUGCCAGCGCAUCUCUAUCCGUGUCGUGAGCCGCUAGACGCAAAUUGAAACGAUGGGAGGGAGGGGGAUGGAAGAUGGGUGUGGGCUCCCAUCCCCCACGAGGAGGAGAAGGAGGAAAACGGAGAGGAAAGAUGAGAGGGAAAGAACGGUAUGUUUCGUAAAUGUUUGUUGAUUUGCGAAAUGGAACGAAACAAUAAUAUACAACAACAAAAAAACACACACAACCACACACAUUGGACCUCAUGUGUCGAGGUCGUCUCAUCUCCGGUAUCGGUUGCUGCUAAUCUAUUUGGUGUGACAGGGAUGUUUGUAAAUGUUUAAACAGUCAUAUUUUAUCCACGAAACUCUAAACUCGGGACGGGAACCGCCAGCAAGCUGAGUUGAAAAACAACAAAAAAAAAACAACAAAAAAACGAAAGACUUUAAGACAAACAAGGAAAAAAACAUUGUGGCGAUUAUCAGUACAUAUAACACACGCACACAGACAAACUAGCAAAAGCCCUAUUGUCGUGUCUCUUUGAGGUGAAAUUCACAAUAAAUGUAAACUACAUGUAAACUAAUUGGGACGGGGGAUGAUGAUUGGACGAAGGAUAUCAACAACAAAAAAACAGACCAUUAAAUACAAACUCCACGCAUUUGCAGCACUAAUGCAUUUCUGUACGUGCACUGUAGCUCCUUUUUCCGAUUUUCUUUUCGUCUUUCCUUCCUUUCAACUUUGUCCCCCUUCACAUUCACUACGAAUCAUUAACCACCACAGCCUACUUUUUCUAUCAACUGCUGGAUUCACAACUGUCACUUGUGAAGUUGUACUAAAAGUGCGUUCGGAUUGCCUACCUUUAGGCGAAGAUGCGUAUUCGAGGCUGAAGGGCUGUAUUUUCCCGAUGGAAUAAUCUUAACGACUGUGAGGUAAUUAUUCCGGACGGGCGAUAUCCGGCUACGAGGCUUGAAUUAAGAUGCUUUUUAAACUUGACUGUUCGUGUGUACUAACACGAUUGGACAGCACGGUUGAAGCGCUGUAAAACGUUCUCGAACAGCUCUGUCGCUUUAACAGGAUCUCUACAUCAGGACCAGAACGCAAGUGCACAGGAAACCAGAUCCCUUCCGACCACAGCUAACACAGACACACGCUCAUAUACCUGUAACGAUUCCACAAAACACUUGAAGCAUCUAGAUGCACACAAUGUAUUUAUACGUACACAUAUUUAUCGCAAAUCUCAAUAAACUAGAGCUGCUGUAAAAAGACGUGUGCAGUAUGUUUGGUACAGAAGA